CAGUUGGCAAUGGAAUCCGAGGGACUGCUGCGAUCGACAGAAUCCCUUUGGAAGCCCCAACUCUCCCUCCACCGGCGGCCGCCCACUUCGCCGCCCUCUCCCUCCUCCGUUCCCCGUUUCAAGCGCGUCUGCGUCUUCUGCGGCAGCAGCUCCGGCAAGCGCCUCAGCUACCAAAUCGCCGCCAUCGACCUCGGCAACGAACUCGUGCACAGGAACAUCGACUUGGUGUACGGCGGCGGCGGCGCCGGCCUCAUGGGCCUCGUUUCCCGCGCCGUCUUCAGCGGCGGCCGCCACGUCUUGGGAGUGAUUCCGAGGACUCUGAUGCCGAAAGAGGUACCCAAUCUUGCUUCUCGAACUCGAAUGCCAGUGGCGUUUUCUGUUCGAUUUUCUGAUGAUUUAUGGGGUGGCGUUAUUUUUCGCCGGCGAGUUCAGAUCACCGGAGAGGCGGUGGGCGAAGUCCACGCGGUGGCCGGAAUGCACCAGAGGAAGGCGGAGAUGGCCCGGCAGGCCGACGCUUUCAUAGCCUUGCCCGGUGGAUAUGGAACCCUAGAAGAACUACUUGAGGUGAUAACUUGGGCUCAAUUAGGGAUCCAUGACAAACCGGUUGGUUUAUUGAAUGUGGACGGAUACUACAACUCUUUGUUAUCGUUCAUCGACAAGGCCAUCGACGAGGGAUUCAUUGCUCCGACUGCCCGCCACAUCAUUGUCUCGGCGACAACCGCCCAUGAGUUAUUGUCCAAGCUUGAGGAUUAUGUGCCAAGGCAUGAGAGUGUGGCACCGAGGGUGAUGUGGGAGAUGGAGCAAUUAGGGCAUUCUGGUAAGAUAGGUAUUGCCAGAUAAAGAAUAGUUCGGUGCACGAAGCUCUUGUUCAUGCAGAGUCUCGAGGAAAAGUCUAUUACAGCCAAGGCUCUAUUGCCAGAUGAUCAUUGAAACUAUAUUUACUAUAAAUUUUAAUGUUUUAGUUAUGAUAGCUAAAAUUAUGAAAUUCCCCAAGUAUUUUUACAAGUCUAAUCCAUUUGUCACUUUGAAAA